GGCAUUUGAUCAAAUACAGUUCAAUGAUUCAUUUGCGCAAGAGAGGCUGUGCUGAGAAUGGAAGUCAGAAGAAGAAAAGACAAUGUUCGAGUAUAUCCCGACGUAUACUCGGCAACUAGCGAUUCUAUAAAGAGUAUCUUGAGUCUAUUCUAUCCCUCUUUCUGGCGUGCAUCCUUCGAAACAACGUAAGCCAAAAAGUUUCCCAGCUAAGAACGGCAGUGAGGUCAGACACAAACACAGACAGCAACGGAAAAUACCAGAAAAGGAAAAAGAAAAAGCAUAUCAUCGUAAGAUUUAUUUUGAAACUAGACCUUACAUGAUCUUCUCUGCCUGAUGCAACCAUUUUCGAAAAUACAGUCUCAGGUCUCAGUCAUACUUCUCCAGCCUUUCCCUACCGCGAGGCCCUUGCACAAGAAUCUCUAACAAGCCAACCGCACCAUUCAAUUUCAGCUUAACCAAACCUACAACAUCAGCGCCAAAAAGGCGAGAAGGCAAAAAAAAAAAACAUCUGUGUUUCCAAUAACACGAGCUUGCCGUCUCAUACUUGGCUAGGAAUUACUAGGGUCUACCCGCUUCUAGAAGUCUAAUCCAUCCCAACGCCUUACCUUUCCACGCGAUCCUCCUCGCACAUCCUUCAAGCGCCCUAAGCAUCCCUAAGCUUCUCGAUUGCUACAAGACCUCGUGGCUCCCUUGCUUCAUUAUAAAUUUCGGAAAGAUGGCAGGCAAAACGGCGGCGCAAGAAGAAUUUGACAAUAUCAUUGCAAAAGCUUCUGCAAACGAAAAUCACGAACAUCCGGACGACGAAAAAGAUUAUAGCUUUGAUAGGAACAGUGACGUGGACGAAGAAGAGGAGCAUCAUAACCGCAAUAUAGAGGAUACAAUGAAGAUGCCUUUGUUUGACAGAUCGAAUUCGGGAGGAUUGGGAGGACUCAGUGAACCAUUGAGGCUGCCGCAUAGAGACUUUGAUAGUGGGAGGACGACGGGGGUCAAGGGGGUCAUUGCUGAUGCGAGGAGUUUUGAAGAGGCGAGGAAGACGGGGGGUUGGAGAAAUAAGUUGAGGGGAAAUACAAUUACAAAGGAGGAUAAGAGGGCAACGUUCAUUAAGGACGGUUCGGGGAGUGAGGAGGGGUUGAGUGACGAUGAAGAAUUCUUGGAGAGGUGGAGACAACAACGACGAGUUGAGAUGCAGAGUGAAGGCAAAGACAUCAGAAACAGGAGAACGAGUCCUAGUGUGCGUCGCUAUGGAAGAUUUGAUGAGGUGGAUGCGCUUGGGUAUCUUGAUGCCAUUGAAAAGGUCGGAAGAGAAACCGUCGUUGUCGUCUUUGUUUAUGAUCCUGAGUGCGACGUCUCUCAAGUAAUCAACUCCGCACUUCUCCCCCUCGUUGCCGCAAACCCAACAGUUCACUUCGUACGCGUCCAUUACGAAGAUAUCGAAUUCGAUAAUGCAGGUGUACCGGCCAUACUGGCUUACAAAAACCAAGGAGACCUUUUUGCGAAUUUGACAUAUAUCAUUGAUCAGAUUCCGGAUGAUACAAUUUUUGAUACGAAAGCUUUGAAGGAUGUUUUGGUUAGACAUCAGGUCCUUUAAAUGAUGGUUGUCUGUUGUCAUUCUGAGAAAAGAUGGUUUGAGGAUACUUCAUUUCUUGUACCUGUUUAUGGUUCCGAGAGAGGUUAUCUUUUGUUGUAUUAGCAUCGCUAGCAUACAUGACAUCGAUUAUCGCAUCGCAUCAUUGCAUUGCAAAAAGACAUUCUUACAUUCUGUACGUUAUAUAUAGACGGACGUCACGGGAUUGAUUCAAAAGGGUCAAAUGAUCUCGCUCUGAGAGUAGAGAAGAGAUGAAUACCUACACUGUAUGAAUAGGACGAGGACUCGGGUUAGGGAAUCGGAUGGAUGGCGUUUGGAUGGGAGGAAGGAGUCAUCGUACUCCUUCCUUUGUGUGUUUGCUUUUAUCUUUUAGCCUAUUCGGUUUGGUGCAUGGGGCUUAGAGGUCUGGUUGAUCGACUUGGCGUGGUCAGAAUUCAUGGGGCUUGCUAGGCUUGCUUGCGCUUGGCAGCUCGAACCCCUUUUUGAUUUUUUUUAUAUACCUAGAAAUGGUAUGACACCUUAUGUUAUAUUUGUAGUUGUAUUUACAUUUAUGGUGGAAUAUAUAUCUUUACGAAUUCUAUUCUAUCUUUAUCUUUAUCUUUA